AUGAGUGACGCGCAGAAGCUUGGAACAAAUAUGCGAAGAGGUCAAACGAGGGGAGGAACAGAGGACACACCAAAACAUCAGGACAGAAACAACAAAUAUAUAAGAACAGAGGACAAACUAAAACAUCAGGACAGAAACAACAAAUAUAUAGGAACAGAGGACACACUAAAACAUCCGGACAGAAACAACAAAUAUAUAGGAACAGAGGACACACCAAAACAUCAGGACAAAAACAACAAAUAUAUAAGAACAGAGGACAAACUAAAACAUCAGGACAGAAACAACAAAUAUAUAGGAACAGAGGACACACUAAAACAUCCGGACAGAAACAACAAAUAUAUAGGAACAGAGGACACACCAAAACAUCAGGACAAAAACAACAAAUAUAUAGGAACAGAGGACACACUAAAACAUCAGGACAAAAACAACAAAUAUAUAAAAACAGAGGACAAACUAAAACAUCCGGACAGAAACAACAAAUAUAUAGGAACAGAGGACACACCGAAACAUCAGGACAGAAACAACAAAUAUAUAGGAACAGGGGACAAACUAAAACAUCAGGACAGAAACAACAAAUAUAUAGGAACAGAGGACACACCGAAACAUCCGGACAGAAACAACAAAUAUAUAGGAACAGAGGACACACUAAAACAUCAGGACAAAAACAACAAAUAUAUAAGAACAGAGGACAAACUAAAACAUCAGGACAAAAACAACAAAUAUAUAAGAACAGAGGACAAACUAAAACAUCCGGACAGAAACAACAAAUAUAUAGGAACAGAGGACACACCGAAACAUCAGGACAGAAACAACAAAUAUAUAGGAACAGGGGACAAACUAAAACAUCAGGACAGAAACAACAAAUAUAUAGGAACAGAUGACAAACUAAAACAUCCGGACAAAAACAACAAAUAUAUAGGAACAGAGGACACACCGAAACAUCAGGACAGAAACAACAAAUAUAUAGGAACAGAGGAGAAACUAAAACAUCAGGACAGAAACAACAAAUAUAUAAGAACAGAGGACAAACUAAAACAUCAGGACAGAAACAACAAAUAUAUAGGAACAGAGGACACACUAAAACAUCCGGACAGAAACAACAAAUAUAUAGGAACAGAGGAGAAACUAAAACAUCAGGACAGAAACAACAAAUAA